AUGGCUACCGACGACGAUAACUUCGACAUUGACAUCUACGGCGACGGCACUUACAAUGCCAAUGACACCGGAGAUUUCAAGCAGGAGGAUACUGAGCUCGUUCUGGAUGCUCCCGAGAAUCAGCCCGAGUCCAGCACUGAUACCGUCAAGCAUGAGAACGCUCCUGCCACUCAGACCCAGCAGGUGAACAAUAAUGCAGCUCCACCGGCCCCUCAGCAGCAGGCACCUCAGCAGCAGACUCCCCACCAUGGUCUGCCUGCGCCCCCCCAGGGAGUCAAGCGAAAGGAAUACGAAGACCAGUCCGUGGAUCCAGAUGCGACAACUGCGCUGUUGAUCUCGGAUCUAUCCUGGUGGACUACCGAUGACGAUAUCCGAGGCUGGGUGAACCAAGCCGGAGUCGAGAACCAGCUUAAGGACGUGACCUUCAGCGAACAUAAAGUGAACGGCAAGAGCAAGGGUCAAGCGUUUGUUGAGUUCACUACCGCGCAGGCAACGACAGCGACUAAACACAACAUCGAGAGAAACGGCGGUCCCGCGCGUAAGCACACCGUGAUCUACACCAGCCCCCACCAAAACCCAUUUAAGACCCUGCCCAAGGAUACCCCGAUGCGCAAUGCUGGUGGCCGCGGCGGCGGUGCUGCCCACAACACCGGUGGCAACCCCAACUACGGCAUGAACAACCACACUGGUGGUGGAUUCCGUGGCCGGGGUGGCUUCAACAACCGCGGCAUGGGUGGUAACAUGAACAACAACUUUAACAACCGCAAUUUCAACCCGAUGGGUGGAUUCCAAGGCGCGCCUAACCCCAUGAUGGGUGGCUUCCAGGGUGCCCCGAUGGGCGGAAUGCAGAACUACGGAUUCAACAACAACCGCGGCAACAUGAUGGGUGGUAUGCGCGGCGGUGCUGGUAUGCGCGGCGGUCGUGGUGGGAACCCCAUGGGUGGUGGUCCGAACAUGAUGGGUAUGCCUACUAUGACUCCCCCCAUGGGUGGCAUGGGUAUGAACCCGAUGGCUGGUAUGAACCCCAUGAUGGGUGGUGGCAUGGGCGGUAUGGGAGGCAACAUGCCGAUGCAAGGACAACAAGGUUUCCAGGGUCCAACCCCCGGAUUCAAUAAUCAGGGCUACUACAACCCAAACCCCAACAAUCAGCCCGGCGGCUCCGACGCAGGUUCCUGGAACCCCCACGGCGCGAAGCGCAGCCGUCAAGACUAA